ACCAGCUCCAUCAGAGAGAGGGGCUUUUCUCAACAUGGCUGUUUCUCACUGGCUCCUCACUUCUGUGCUGCUUCUGCUGCUCUUCAUAACACAUGUUUCAGCACAGCAAGGGUGUUCUGUCAGUGACAGUGAAGUAAGUGUUUAUGAAAAUAACCCUCCUGGCUAUGUGCUGACCACCAUCCACGUGGAUCCAGGCUUCACUGUGUCCAUUGAUGCUUCUUCCCAAGAUGCCAAAUUUUUCACAAUACAGGGGUCUGAGCUGCAGCUGGCUGAAACAGUGGACUAUGAGGAAAACAAUGUGCUGAUGGUGACCCUGAUUUGUUGGAACUCUGAUGUGAUGAGUAAUUACUUGGACGUUCUGGUGAUCAUUCUCAACGAGAACGACAACAGCCCGGUGUUCAAGCAAACCAACAUCACCCAAGUUGUUCCUGAGGAUACAAAAGUGAAUGCAACCAUUAUAGCCCGUGAGGAGUUAAGUGCCAGUGAUGCUGAUCAGGACACCAUCUUCUAUGAACUCACAACAGUAGUGCAGGACACAGAAGGUUAUUUUGCCAUAAAAGGAGUUAAUAACCCAGAAAUUUAUUUAAGAAGAGCAUUGGACUAUGACAAAUUUAAACUGACAACAUUGCUGCUGUAUGCACGGGACAGGCCUGUGGACAGCUCCGACACCACCAACACAGCUACUGCGACUAUAAAUAUACUUAUUGAACAGUCUGACACCAAACCUCCCUGGUUCCUACCCUGUACCUUCAUUAACACGGACAACAACAUCUGCAUCAGCAGCCCCUACACUGGGAGGGUCAAUAUAUCCGAGGUGUCGACAGAACCACUCAUCCUGGAGCCGGGGCCUAUCUAUGCUAUUGAUCCUGACUACACUAUAAAUGAAAGAAUCGUGUAUAGUAUUGUUGGUGGGAAUACAGAUGAUGUAUUCUUAGUGGAUGCAGACACAGGGAAUCUGACUAUGAACAAAGCAGCCACUUCCCCAGAUGGGUUCCUCCUGCAGGUGAUGGCCACCCAGGUCAACAACAUCCAGAAAUACUCUGUAGCCAGUGUAGAGAUUAAGGUCGUCAAUAAAAGUGAGCAUCCACCAUACUUUGAGAACAAGAUCUACAGUGGGACAACGUUUGUUGGACUGUCCCCAGGGAGCUUUGUCUUCCAAGCUGGUGAUUCUUCAAGCCCCCUGAUGAUAACAGCAGCGGAUGAUGACUUCCCUGAUAAAGUCAACCCAAAUAUUGAGUACUACAUAAAAAACAGCACUGAUUUCACUGCAACCAGAGAUGGAUUCAUCCUGACAAAUGUGGUGCUGCAAUCCCCAGAAACUGUAACCAUUGAGGCUGUUGGAAAAGACACAGUGAGCCUGCAGGAGGCAAGCACUGUGAUCAUGGUGGAGGUCGUGCGUGCCACAGCUGGAGCUGUAACCUCCUCUGAUAAGGCAUACACUGCUCAGGAUAUGGCUAUCUUAGGUGGUAUAUUAGCAGCACUGCUAUUACUUGCCUUAGUCUUCCUUGGAGUGAUGAUAUAUAAACAGUACAGAAAACGAGUCAAAUACCUCAUAAGGAAAAAGUUCUCAAAGGAAAUCUCUGGUGGUUUCCAGAGCCAGAGCUACAAUCAAGAUUCACUCCCAGAUGUGAGCACCAAACAGCAUGAGGCGUCAGAGAACGGCAGUGUCCAGUCAAUGGCACGUGUACUGGAGCAACCAGCACUUCCCUUGCCCUCUUCCAAUGCAGAAGUAAUUAACAGCCCCCCAGAGGCUUCUGUAGCUUCCACCAUCACCUUUGACCAGGAAGAGAAAAAGGAAGAAGUGGAAGACACUGAGCCUAAGAAAGAGGUGAAGUCUAUCCUCAAGACAGACAGGCAUGUGGCAGAUUAUGGCUACAAAGCUGUGUGGUUUAAGACCAGUGGGGAUCCAGAAGCUGGAGAAACAGUUGAAGUGAUCGAGGACAAUGCAGUAGAUAGUGAUGAUGAGAGUGACCAAGAUCUGCAGAAGAAGGAGGAGGAGGAAGAAGAUUAUGACAAGAAUGAUCACUACAGAGGGCUGGGAGCGUCCUUAGACUGAGAGCUCCCUCCCAGCUGCAGAAGCGAUGGUCAACAUGUCUCAUAUAGAUGAAGUGACAGAUGACAGUGACCUAGGAUGGAAAUAGGCCUGCACCCACCCUCCCCACUCCAUCCUCCCCAAAAAAGGGGGAGUCUAAGCUGCUUUGCUGACAUGGAGCCUAUCUUUCUGCUCAGGGGGGAAAGCUGGAAUGCAGGAGGAUGAGGUUGCCUGUCCUGCUUGUCUGAAUGCAGUGCUUAAAGCCAAAAGAGAUUACAGCUAAUUCAACACUUUUGUGAGAGCUUGAAGUAUCACUUAGGAUCUGGGGGAUGGGUGGGCACGUGUCUCAUGGGAGCAAUUGAGUUACACAACCCAGUGCUCAUCCCCUCUUGGUGGGUAAGUAAGCCAGCACUGACUCUGGCUGUUGAAUUUAGGGUGUUAGAGUUUGGUGUCAAUUGCAGGGUGUAAGGCACGACAAGUCACCCUGACCCUGCUUCAGACCGUAUCCAAGAGCUCAUUUUGGGGCUUGGCUCUGCUUUCCACCAUGCCAGACUCUGCUCCAGCACCAGCAGCUGGUAUGAGCCACCAUAGUCCUUGUCCUGCCAGCAGCCAGGAAUUUACAUGCUGCAGAGCUGCUGUUUCCUCUAUCACUGAUAAACAAAGGUUGAUCGCAUGUUCUUUACUGAAGGACUUUGUCAUCAAUUUUUCUAUGUCAUAAAACCAGUAAUUGUGCAGUACUUCAGCUGUCAGGGAAAAGAAAAACUCCUGCCAGGACCUGCCUACAGAAUCCCAGGGAUAUUUCGUGCUCCCUGGGCUUUUGGCACUAUGGGUAUCAUUCCAGUGGUGCUGGAUGUGGGGGUCAGCAUUUUGUUUCCCUUUUUUCCCUUGUCCAGCAGGGCUCAAGGUAUUGUUUUUGUUGUUGCUGUUGAAGGUGGAGGUCAGUAUUGCCUUCAAGUGCCAGAUAUCACCACCAUUUCUCUGCUCCUCUCUUGGCUCAGAUGUCAACCCCUUUGCAUACCACUUUUCUCCAUUCAGGAGGAGCUCAGCAGGCUCUUUUGCUGAUAAAAUACUAUCUAGACACAAGAUGUAACCUGAGGUGAUUCACCGACAGCAUAUCAGCUCUGCUUAUGAGGCCAGGCUUCAGCUAGAAAGCCUACUGACCUCUGGAUUGACUUCAUGGGGUGACAGCCCCAGAGCAUGUUGGACCCUGCCUCCCUCAAUCUUCCCUCAUCUUCAGCAGUAUUGUCUUCAAUAACGGUCCUGCCAUAAAGCCUCAGUUCAGCAAAGUGAGCAUUUCCAUUUCCAGGUAGAGUGGGGAGUAAACUGUUUGAUGGUCUGAGCUAGAUUUAUACCUCCCAUCAUUCAAUCUCUUCCCCAGCCGUCAACCAAAUGCUGGGCUGAUUUCCACUUGCGAGAAUAUGACUGUGUGCUCUGGGCACCUCACUACAAGAGAGAUACAGAGGUGCUGGAGUGGGGCCAGAGAAGGGCAAUGGAGCUGGUGAAGGGCCUGAACAUCUCCCUGUCCCAGGGUUGCUAGUGCUCCGGUUUGCUCUCCUUUCUCCAAGGAGUGCUGCCCUUGCUGUGUGGACUCGAAGAGCUGAAGGUGGAGCCUGAGAUGCGGAAAGCUUGAAAGCUUUCUUCCUUACUGUAAUAAAGCUGUUUGACCAGAAA